GUGGCAAAGGACUAUAGCGAAGAUAAAGCACAGCAUGGAGGGAGUCUUGGAUGGAUGGCCCGUGGAUCAAUGGUAGGUCCAUUCCAAGAAGCCGCAUUCGCGUUACAGCCAAGUUCAUUAGAUAAACCAAUAUUUACCAAUCCACCGAUAAAAACGCAAUUCGGUUAUCACAUAAUCAUGGUG